CAGAACUGCAUGAGAUAGGCAAGUGCAAUGGCGCGGAUCAGCGUGGAUUAAUAAAACCUGUUUGACAAGUUGGCAAGUUAAAGACCCUUUCACAGAUUCACCUUGCGCAAGAAACUCAAAUGAAAAUCACCUGCUGUAUGAAAACAAGUUGAUUUGUUGUAAAGCACGAAACUGAAAAUCACCCUCGUAAAUAUAUAUUGAAGUAUGUAUAUUGUAUGCUGUGUGUAUAUAUAUAUAUAUACACGUUCAGGAACAGCGUGAAUUAGGGAAGUCAUUAAAUGCAGGAAGCGUCGGGACGACGCCUGUAGUCAUGGCUGUCGCGUCGUGAUAUGGCAGUUGUCAAAAUUUGUCAAGAACUAAUAAAUUUAAAUAAAGCGACAUUGCUGUAAAGAUUCGCGUUACAGACAACGGCCUAUCAUUAAUUUUUAACUUACAUGUACACACAGACAAUAAAAAUGCCGGCCCAAAAAGAUUCGAAUAUUGUGAAAAUUGCUGUGGAAAUGACUGAUCAAGUUCCCCAGCUUAUUGAAUUCAAUCAAAAACAACCCCUUACUGGAAUUAUACAGGAGCUUUGCAAUGGAUGGGGACUGACUGAUCCAGAUACUUAUUCUCUGCAAUUUUCUGAGAACAAUAAUCAAAAUUAUAUUACAGAGAAGAAUCGUAAUGAGGUAAAAAAUGGGAGUGUUCUUAGGUUGGAACAUUCUCCGUCAAAAACAGCAAGUGAUAUCCUUGGAAAAUUGAUUCAUGGCACUGCGGAGGAGAAGGUUGUAGCUUUGCAGAAACUCAGUACACUCAGUAUGGACAUGACGUUUGCUUUGGAAUUUAUUAAUAAACAAGGACUUGCAUUAAUAAUUUCUCAGGUGGAUUCUGGUAAAUACAAGGGCAGUGGACUAGCUUACUCUCUACAGUCCUUUGUUGAAUUGAUGGACCAUGGAAUUGUAUCCUGGGAUAUCUUAGAGACUCCUUUUAUCAACAAAGUCGCAAGUUACGUCAACAACCAGUCUAUAAGUCAAGACUCGAAUGUCAUAGAGGCUUCACUGAGCAUCCUAGAGAACAUAGUGUUGAAUUCAUCAGGAAAAUAUGCCCAAGUCGAGAAGGAAGUUACUUUUCCAAAUUUAGUAAUGCACCUGCAAAGCAUGAGUCCUCAAAUACAGCAGAACGCAAUUGCAUUGAUAAAUGCUCUCUUUCUGAAAGCUGAUGUGGCAAAGCGUAGAGCUGUGUCCUCCACAUUGCAAUCUAAGCAAGUGCGCAAUGUCUUCCUGACAAAUGUGAUUCAGUCUACCGGACAGGUUGGCACAGAAAUGGCACAUCAGUUGUACGUACUCCAGACACUAAUGCUCAGUUUACUAGAGCAGCGAAUGAUGACGAAGAUGGAUCCCCAGGAUCAAGAUGCUCACGAUAAAAUCAAGGAGCUUCGUAGAAUAGCUUUCGAUACCGAAGGCUCUGCUAGUGGUGACGUUGCUGCACGGAAGCAAGGUCUUUUUGCGAAGGAUUAUAAAAAAUUAGGAUUCAAGUAUGACAUAAAUCCUGCACUCGACUUUACGGAAACUCCACCCGGUAUGUUGGCUUUGGACUGUAUGGUGUAUUUUGCGCGAAAUCACACCGAAAGCUAUACAAAAGUUGUGCUGGAGAAUUCAUGCAGAGCAGAUGAACACGAAUGUCCAUUUGGCAGAACUAGUGUGGAGCUUGUUAAAUUACUUUGUGAGGUGUUACGCAUUGGAGAAGCCCCUAGCGAACAGGGUCAGUCUUAUCAUCCAAUGUUUUUCACUCACGAUCAUCCCUUUGAGGAAUUUUAUUGUGUUUGCAUUGUCCUAUUGAAUAAAACAUGGAAGGAAAUGCGAGCCACUACGGAAGACUUUGUGAAAGUCUUCUCCGUGGUGCGCGAACAAAUCACUAGAGCCCUGCAAUGCAAACCAACUGGACUGGAUAAGUUUAAGAAUAAAUUACAACAGCUAACGUAUUCAACGAUUACUAAUUUGUGGCAACAAGAAAGGACGAGUCGUGAGGAAUGGGAAAGUCAUGCGAGACCGAUAGUAGAACUCAGAGAACAAAUCACUCCGGAAAUAUUAGAUUUAAUCCAGCUGCAGCGUUUAGGAUUCCUUGUGGAAGGCACCAGGUUUACUAAAUACAGUGCCAGAGGACAGAGAAUCAAAGACAAAUUCUGGUAUGUGAGGCUCUCUCCUAAUCACAAGGUGUUUCAUUAUGGAGAUUGUGAUGAAAAAUCUGUACCAACGAUAGAUGAGCUUCCGACAAAAUUAGCCGUAGUGGAAAUACGAGGUUUACUUACAGGAAGAGAGUGUCCUCAUAUGAAAGAUUUACAGAGGCGAAAAACUACGCAUCAGUUAGCCUUUUCUUUAGCUUUAGAUUCUGUGGAAGUUUCUAGUUUAGAUUUUGUCGCACCGGAUGAACAAGUUUUCGAUUACUGGACGGACGGCAUCAACGCUUUACUUGGUAAUAAAAUGACUAGCAAAGAGACCGAGAAUGAUUUGGAAACACUCCUCUCGAUGGAUAUAAAAUUGCGACUUUUGGAUGCUGAAGGAAUCGAUAUCCCACAGGAUCCUCCACCAAUUCCAGAACCGCCACCAAAUUACGACUUUUGCUACGAACUCAAGUAGAUUUCAAACUCUUGUAAUUUUAAUAUAGAAUAGAUUGUCUCAAUAACAGUUAACGAAUUGUGUAUCUUAGUAGCGACUGCCAUGGCGAAUACUCACUUGGUGUAUUAAUCGAGAAGAGAGAUUUGUCUGGCUACAGUUUUUAUUUCUAAUCAUUGCUAAACUAUAUAAUAUUAGAAGUUGCAAACGCCAGCGACUGACGAUGAGGCAUUAUUAGGCGUACCUCACUUUCCUUUUAAUUCCCGGGACGAUGCAUUAUAUUUUACCAAAGAUAUUCUUUUAAGAAUUUCAUAUACACGCUUUUGCGCAACAAUAUUAUACAGAUUAGGUAUACAAUAUUUAAAAAAAAAUUCAUAUCUACCCUUUUAAAGACGAAACUUUUAUCUUGAAUCUCUGUUAUUAAAUUUAUUUUCAUUGCCAUUAGAUCUAUAUAUUUAUCUAUUUUAUAC